UGGGAAAUAUUUGCGUUGUCUGUGGAUUUUCUUUCAUUCAGAAAGUAAAGGAAGCCAACGGAAUAGAAGUUGAACAUAAAUAUUUUGAUAGGAAGUUAAAACUAAGCGAGGAGCGGAGGAAAAAUAUUAACAAUGUUGUCGGAUUCGAGUGUAAAGGUGAGGGUGUAUGCCAGAAAUGUUAUCGUUCUGUUGAAAAGGUGUUAAAAACGGAAAAAGAGUCAACAGAUUUAAAAGGAAAAUUAAGACAAUCGACAAAGACUGUAGAAAAUACUCUACUUGUGUCAGUUCCUUCCCCCAAACGUGUGUCAAUUUCAAAAAGAAUGCUACGUAGUCCAGCCAGUUUUCAGCCAAGUAAAAAGUCAGACAUUGUACCAAUAACCACCAUGCCAUUCAAUGACAUUACCAAUAUACCAAAUGUAGUAAGGUCCUUACCACAGAUUUUACCAAAACCAACACAACAGAAAUUGACUGAACCAAGCAAAAAGCCUGCAAGACGAUCACUUGAUCAGUCAUUUUCACCCAGUUUCACAGGAGAAGUUGAGAUGUUAUUGUUGAUAUGUAGCAGAAGAAACCCGAAGUGAUAUAGAAAUUAUGAAGGUUACAAUUUCCUAUCCAAGUGGGAAAAGGACAGAGCUAAUUGUAAAUGAAAUCCACACAAAAAUUUGUAAAGCCAUAUUUAAAUCGGAAAAUGUUGAAAAGGCUAUCCUUGAUAUAUUAGUUAAUUCCAACCCAGACGAUGUUGUUACAGCUGCAGCUAAAGUUGUGAAGUCAGAAUCCAAAAACCUGUGUAAAAGGCAUUCAGGAUCUGUGCUACAGAAAAAGGACCACCAGAGUUUUAUGACAUUUACAUGGGAUAAAUUCCAUAAAGAAUUAGAAAUAAGAGCUCCAAAUGUGAUUAAAGUGGUUUCAGCCAUAGUUAGUGACAUACCAUUGACGCCAAGUGACAAGAAACAUAUGAACUUAUUGCAUACAAUCGCUUCUGGGUUUCACGGUCGAAAUCAAGAGAUGUCUAUGCUUCAUUACUGCAUUGCAUUUGUACUUGUCCAUGGUGGAUGUACACUUAGGGACAUUCAACGACUUUCCAAAAUUGGACUCUGUGUUAGCCCUGGCUCUGUACAUAAUAAGCUGACAUCUUGGAUAGACAAUUUAGAUGAAGACAUACUUAAAAAGAAGGAAGGAUGGGCAAGAGGAGAAAAUGUGAAGUAUAAGUUGGUUGGUGACAAUUGGGACAGGAACAUCCUUCCUGCAUUUAGAACAUCACAGCAGAAGACACUUUCCCUACAUUUAUUUAAUGUUGUGGCUGUUGUUGACAGGGUAAUUCCCACUCAAAUAGGACAUGCAGGAAAUGAUGUAGAGCCUGAUCUUGAUAUAGAGAAAUUUCUGCCAUCAGAGGAACAGCAAAUCUUGAUGGAUGAACUUGUGUUUAUUUUCGCUACCUCCAUUAUCAUUAACAUUCCUCAAAUGAAAAAAGAGUUCUACAAAGUUUACCCUAAACAUAAGACACAUGAUUAUAGUGCACAGGCAGGAAUGAAAACAAAACAGGUAAAUACUUUCAUGAAAUCUGAGAUAAUUUUUAUUUUGUUGUAUCCACUUGGAUUAUUUGACACCAAUGAGACAAAUACAGCUGAGGUAAUACACCUUCUUAGAGAUCUGCAGACAAAAUAUGUACCAUACCAUGAUGAGGAAAUAGUUGAACCAGUCUUUUUUGGGGGAGAUAGGUUGACAGAUGAACGAAUCCAAUGCGCCCAACAAGCAAUGUUAAAUGAAGAAACAAAAACAUCGCGACUUGAAGGCUUCAUUUCCAAAAUAGAAGAUUUUCAUCGCCUCAUGAAUUUUUUAGAGGCAAUCUGCAGGCUUACAUACAACAUAGACUCAGCUGGAGACAGAGGGACUGCACACUAUUUCAGGAAUCUCCGUAAUGCCAGGAAUGUGAAGGGUGAAGUCCGUAAUGCAUACCGACCAUACAGACUCUUAUAUUAUACAAUUUUGGAUGCUAUGAGUUGUGUUUUAUUUCUUCAAAAAUUUGACAAAGGCUUUGAUGACCAAAUACCAUUACCAGAUGGUUUUUCAAAUUUUUUCAUCAGAUGAAAAAAUCAACUGGCUUAAUAAUAUAUGCAAGGACAUUUUAGAGACAAAUUUCUUUGAGUCUGACAAUGACAUAAUGAAAGAGUUGAGAGAAAUAUUAACAGAUGACACUCAUCCUGAGAACUAUUACCUUUCCAACAUACAUGAAGGCGACG